GUUCCUAAAUAAUGCCGAAGCGAGCCACGCGGCGCUUAGUCGCGCUCGUGACAACACACGAAGAGGUUUGGGAAUGGAUGCGCGUGUCGCCGUGUCGGACGGGAUCGAGCCCCGAUAGUGCGCCGACGGGUGAUUGCUGUCCCCUUGCCAAACUUCUCUUCGCAGCGGCGAGAGAACAAGUUCCGCCCGCUUUAUUAUUUUUUGUUUUGUUUUUAAAAGCCGAAGUGUUUAAUUUUUUUUUUAAAUUACAUUAUUCGUGUGAUCAGCUGAGCCAGAUAGCCGUAGUUGUAUCGAGUUUUCUGGAUAGCUGGCGCUUCAACCAGCAACAAUGGUACCCCAGCAGCUGAGUGAUAACGGGCGGUCCAACAGCCCCAGCGGCAGUGGAGUAAUGCCGCUUUUUGGGUCGCAGUUGGUGAACAAGAACUCUUCCACCCCUUAUACUGAUGCCACCCAGACCAAGAAGAACAAUCCUAAUCAUAUCAAGAGGCCCAUGAAUGCUUUCAUGGUGUGGUCGCAGAUAGAGAGACGCAAGAUAUGUGAACAGCAGCCGGACAUGCACAAUGCUGAGAUUUCAAAGAGACUUGGCCGCAGGUGGAAGACACUGACGGAAGAGGAGCGACAACCUUUCAUCGAGGAAGCUGAACGUCUUAGGCAGUUGCACAUGCAGGAGUAUCCAGACUACAAGUACAGGCCGAGGAAGAAAACAGUGAAAUCUCCAGCCAAAGCAUCGCCAAAGAAAGGGAGGAAAAACUCCACUUCUGUCCAGAGGAACGACUCCAACAACAACCAUCACUCGCCCACUGGAAAAGAUCGAGCUAGUGCACCGAACCCUGUCGCCCGCACUCGUGUUACCCAUACCUCGUUCAGUGGUCAUAACCGGUUCAAAACUCGUUUGAACAUGGAUAAAAAAUGCAAAGACAAUGUUCGCACCAACCGUUCUUCAUACCAACAGUACGCGCCUCAACCUCCAACAGCCACAGCUAAAGUUCCGUCCAGCCCCUCGUGUAUAACUCCCAAUUCUCCAGAAAGCGCGUCGUUCUAUGAUGAUGCCAGCAUGUUGAUGGAAGCCAAGUUGAAUGCUGCCGUAAUGGCCGUGUCACGGAAAGUCAGUGGCGUAGUAGAUGAAGAUUUCGAACAUACCUUCUCAGAAAGGAGGCCCAGAGAUAUCCUGAACUACAGCGCAAAACUGGAGGUUUCCAGUUUCGAUAAUGCGGAACUGAAUGUAAAGUUGGAACCAAUGGACUAUGAUGAAAUCACAAUAAAGGAUGAGCCACUUGAAUGUGAAUCUGAAGCUACUGCUAUUAGAGAUUUAAGGCCCGGAGAAAACCCUAGUUUGGCGGACCUUGACUCUCUAACGGAUCUUCUUCAGAUAACACCUGAUUUCAAGGUUGACUUGGACACGUUUACACCUGACGAUCUCGAGUCAUUUGACACCACGAGUUCCAGUUCUGGGUCUCAUUUUGAGUUCUCAUGCACACCUGAUGUGGUUUCUGACAUGCUCUCCGGUAUUGGUGGUCAUCAUGAUUGGCUGGAUACUUCUUUUGCCAGUAUAAUUAACUGUUGAACUUUUGAAUUGUUACUGAGCUACAAAUCAGUGUGACUUUUGAUAAGUUUUGAGUUUUACAACAGUGAUGGAAACUACAGAAUACUUGCAUAGUGUAAUAACUAAGAGUGAUCACACAAGGCCGCAGUGAAUUUGACAGUGUGUAAAGGACAUAAAAAAAUUGUUUUACCAGAAAUGACCCCCAGAAAUCUAAAAUAACUCUUUUUUCACUUAUUAAUAAUAUGCUUCAGGAAACACCUAGUAUUUCAGUGACACAGCAAGUUGCAAACAAAAUUUCUUAUAAACCAAACAGUUUCUUAAUACGUGUGUUGUGGAUCCAAUAAUUAAAUUGAAGUGGCAUGGUGUUAAAUAGGUUCAGUCAUUCCUAUUUUGAUAGAUAGUUUGUGAUCACUCUGUAGGCCUCAUGCAUAUUCUGCCAUAGCUGACCAUGUUGAAAAAUUCACUCAGUAAAGUUUGAUCUCUUAUAUUAUGUACAUUGUAAAUGUUUUAAUAUGUCGAGCCUAGUUCCAGUAAAGGCAGUUUUAAACCACUAAAUAGUGCCUACGGAUCCAUUUAUCCAGGAUCUUUCGUACAAAAUAAUUAUGGAAGGUAAACUGCACAGGGCCAAACUAAAUUAUCUCCAUAGCACAAAUUCCAGGGAUAAUAUAUCAGGCUGUGAUGACCCUAAUUCCAUGACUUUCUUGCUUCAUUCAAAUUUUCACUGUGUUUACCUUCAAAAAAGCAAUGUAAAACUUUGUGUAUUAUUUUCUGCUGUCUACUACUACGCCGUAGUGUGGUCCAACAUCACAAUAUUUCUACUGUUCUGCGGUAUGUAUCGAAACUAUCCUCACAUAUGAGUCAUUGAACGGCUGUUGUGAAUUGGUGCCAGGACUCCUUAUAAUGAUUUUAUGAACACAUUUUGUAAUUAUUUUUAUUAAAUAUGUACUUAAAAUAUGAUGUUACGUAUUUACCAGUAAGUGCUAGUUUUUUUUGCGAAAUUAUAUCAGCACAUUUGAUUUUAUUCUUAAUUUUUAUUAAAAAUAUAUGUGUGAUAACAGUUUGAAGUAUAAAAUGUGUGGCAUGUAUCCAAUAUAAAUAUCUAAAUUAAUAUUUCUAUGUUUGAAGAUUAUAUAGCGGUGAAAUUUGUAAUUAUUAGUAAUCUAGCAUUAAUGCUAUUAAUUUUUUCAAAGGAAAAAGGGUCAUGGGAUUUUAAAAACUUCUGUACAAUAUGUUUUUUAUCAGACAUUGUGUAUUUAGGUCAGUAUAAAAUUAUUUCCCUAGUUAACUGUGCUAGGUUGUUACAAUGUCUCAGGUGAAUUAUUCCAGCCAAAUAAGAUAUGGCAUGAAAGCAUAGUGCUAUUUUACCACCAUUUUGUAAAUUUUUUGAAUGCGGGAAAAGUUUCUUUCUCCGUUUCUUUAAACUUCCUUUUCAGGAAAGGAAGUCAAUUAUACGCUUAUGUAACUGAAUUUUGUUAUAGUUGAAACUAAUAGUCAUUUGUAUGUUAGCCAAGUAGUUUUCAUAACUUACAAGUAGACAAAAAAAUUUAAGGUUAUACUUUUAACGUUCAUAUACCACAAUUUUAGGCGCUCACUGAACUGUGGUUCAUUUUGUUUUCAUGUGGAAAAUAUGUAUGUGAUAAAAUACUGACUGUUACUGCUGUCUUCUUUUAUGUACUGUACUUGUUUUACUGUAAUAGGUUUGAGUUUUGAAUAUGUACAUUUGGGAAGUCUUGGCUUUUCAUAGUCAAUCAUGUGUGUCUGCAAGAAUUAAGUGAACAUGUUGGUACUAAAAUUUGUGUAGUGAUGCAUCUUGCAGUGUCUAGUUGAGAAAGGUUUUAAAUGACAGGAGUUACACAGCUUGUACAGUCACAGGGGCAGUGUGUGGUGUUUUUCUUCAUUUUGUACUCUGUUAGUUUUUACAGAAUGGUUAUGUUUUUUUUAAAAUACACAGUAGACACGUAACCUAAUCUGGAAUUAAAUGUAUUCCAUUAUUCUCUCUCAGAUUUUUGUACCAAAAUAUCAUUUUAUUUUAUCAGCACUUCAUUUUAAGUAUUUGCAGAGUCAAUAUAGUAAGUUCCAAAAUUAAUGGUAUGUACUACAUAUUGUGAUAAAUUAACCGUUAUGGAUGCAGCCACAAUGACUGUAUAAUUUUGUUUGUAUUAUAGUUGUGCUGAACCUAUUAGGGAUUUCCUUUAAUUUUGCAAAUCUUUGUGUAAUGGCAUGUGCCAUUGUUGUUUCUAAGUCAGUUUGUAUUCUACAGGAAUGUUACAGUAAUAGAUCAUAUUUAUUAUUCCAUUACAGCAUAUUAAGUGUAAUAUUUGUUUCUUGAUUGUUUCUUUUAUUCACUUUGUUAAUAAUAAUUAUUUCUAUGCUUUGUUUCUAGUUUUCCUCUUUAUUUGUUGCGUUGUUGUGAGUGGCCUCACAUCUGAAAAUAUUUAAAGGAGAUAAUUUAUGAAACAUAUUGGCAAUAUUUUUGCAUAUAAUGUGAAAAGGUAGUGUAAAGUAACAGUAACAACCAUUUUGUAAACAGCCAAUGUAUGAUAAUUCUUAUAUAUAUUAUAUAAUUAUAGUUGAUCCUGUGUACAUUUUGUAUUGUACUUUGUUUAUAAAUACAUGAUGGUAUGUAUGUACCACCUCAUUUUUUACAUCAUAUUUAUUUUUUCCUGUAUUUGUAUUUGAUUUCUGAACAGUUUUCACCUACAGAAUUGUCAUAUAUUGAAUUCCCGUUCAAAAAAGUAUCAAGAUAAAUAUAGCCACUUAAUAUUAUGUGCUUGUAAAAUUUUUCUCCACUUAAUUAAUGCAGACUUACAAACUAUUUAUACACUGAACGGAUUUUAAAACAAGAGUUUAACAUACACAAAGUUGACUUAAUAAUAAGCAUAUGCAGAUAAAGUUUGUUCAAUAUAAAUACUAGUUUGCAAAGACCUUAAAUUGCUAUCACCAUAUUCAUAGAGGUCUUUAGUUGGGGACUUUUGAAUGUUGUGUUUGCACACUUAUAAAAAAAUAUUAUUUUACUGCUCUAGGUAUGUCCUAUUCACACUAAUUUAAUAGCUUCAAUUCUAAAGGUUAUUACAAAAUUUAAAUUUUUGUUUCUUAUUGUCAUAAAACUAAUUUACUUCAAAUUACAAAAAAAAAGUUGUUCCAAAAGAACGAAAUAUUUUUACCAUAACUCUCGUAAUAUUUGAAGAAUUUGAUAUGGUUGGUAACAUUUAUUCGCCUCUUAAUAAUCACAGAUAUAUUUAAUCAGAACAAAAAUGUAUACUGUCUGUAAGUAAAGAACAUUGUUAAUAUGAAAAAAAACUAAUAUUUACAGGUUAGACAAAUAAGUACACUUUGGUCGAUUUGGGUUAAGUAUUGGCUAAGUUCCCUAGGAGAAUGGAAUGGUGUUACUUUAAUACUACGUGAUCAGUUGAGUUCUCUUAAUGUCUCAGAAAUUGUUCAUUUAAGAUAACCAACUUUUUGGUCCACUUUUAAACAUGAAUGAGUAGCUGCUUGCACAUUUCUCAAUAAAUCUUAAGUAUUUUAAUCAUUAAUUCAUGUGCUGUUAAUAAUUUAUCCAAAUUUUAUUACCAAUAACUAAAUAUAAGGGAUACUAACAAUUUGAAACAUAUAGGGGAAAGACGCCUAUAUUGGACCAAUGCCUAAAUUGUACCACCGGCCUAAAUAGCAAGUCUGUGGAGUGAGGUGGCAUCAACAUGAACUACUUGCACAACUGAGCCAUUCGUACCUUUGCGAGGGCUGAAACGGACGUGGACUCUAGUGUGUGAAGAAAGAGUGUUUUCGGUUCAUUGAAAGUAAUAUUUUAUGUGUUUUUCUAAGAAAAACAACUAUUUUAGGGAUAAAAUUCUUCUGAUUUGUAUUCGUAAUCAGAACGCAUUUUCAAUUAAUUUCGAUAUUAUAUACGACAAUAUUAUUAGCAUAUUUUAUUCAGUGAUAACCUGAAAACAUUGCCAGUUUCCUACUAUGGACCGGUCCAAUUAAGUUAAAUUUUUAAUUCGAAAAUAUAACAUAAAACAUUUUUUUAGUUUACUUUGGGAGAAAAUAUACUCGUUAGUAUAAAUGAGUUCCUUAAAAGGAUUUUAAUUUGAAACAUAGUAUAAAUUACUUUAGUAUUAUGACCCUAAAGUUUAAUCAUAAACUAAUUUUUUAUUCGUUACAGUAGGCACAUAAUCUACCUCAGCAAAAUUAACAAUUAAUCACCAUUGAGCAGUUAUUUUUAUGGAUUUAUAUUUCAUAAUCUACAUAAAGUUAGUUAAAAUGACUCUAGGAUGGUUGAACACUGGAAUAGGCUAGGUUUUGUGAUUUACUUAUUGGAUUUUUUAUUUUUUGUAAUACAUAUUUUAACCAAAUUUUUUAAUUUAAAAUAUUUUUGUAAGGUGUGUUUCUUUUAGAAUGGCUUAGCGCGGAAAAAAAAUUGGAAAUGUAACUGAGAUGAACUUAGCAUGGCAGUUUCAACAUAUCAAAAUGGUAAUUACGGUCUCAAUGUCGGUGAAUUAUUUGACUUUCUAGAAAAAAAACUACGAAACUGAUAACUAUGGUGCUACAAUAAUUUACAACGUAGAUGAAAGUGGAUUCUGUACUGUGCAAAGGAAAUCACAAAAAUUGACUUAGGUACAUAAAGGAGAAAAAAAAAGCUGAUAGAUACACGUUCAAAUUGAUCCAGUGUAUUAAAUGUAAUUAUUCUUGGGUACAUUUAAAAUGUGCUGGUGUCAAUAAGGGAGUGAGGUAUUUUUGUGGACUAUGUAAAGUCAAAAAUAAUGUACUACAUUGUAGCAUCUUUAAAAGAUUUGAGAAUAUAACUUUAAACGUAUUUCGUAGAUGAGAAAACAUACAAUAUUUCGCCUCAUGAUCAGUAAUAUAACUUUUAGAUUGUGAUCAAACAAAUAUAUUUGUUUUUUUUCCAGGCUUAUAGUUGGUUAUGUAAUGAUGAAAUAUUGUAAAUAUGUAAGAAAACAUUCUAUUGUAAUGUUUGCGUAUCAUGUGUGGUUAUUGAAUUUUUUUAUAACACCGCUGCAUAUUACAAUACAUGCAUACAUUUUAAUACGAUAGGGCUGUUGUGUGUGCCUUCGAGUACUGCAGCGAAACUGAUAGUGUUAAGAGAUGAAUGUUGUUUUAACCAGCGCAUCCUGUUGAUGUGUAGCGGUAUCAAGUGAUAUUUUUUCCGCAUAUAAUUUGGUGCCUGCAGACAUUGAAUUAUAGUUUUUUUUUUUAAUUAAAUUGUUUAAAUCAAAUAUUUUAUUCUAACACAUCAAGCAUUCUUUUAAGAAUCUGUCUCCUGCACCAGGCUCGUGCAUUAUCCUGCUGUAACACAAAUGACUAAAGACAUGCAAAAUUCGCGGAUUCAUUUCGCGAUAGGCUAGCAUCAAAACAACUAUACCUUCGUACCGCUUCUGCGAUUAGCCCACAUUUUAUCCUGGGAACUGUGAGCCAAUGGGAAACACUAAACCAAGAUAGUGCCGAAUUACGGAUAGCCUAGUUGAGACGGUAGCAAAUGAACAGGUGUCAUUUCCGCGAGUAUUUAAAGGACUGUGGAAUCUAUCCUAGAGGUCAAUGAAUCCGCAAAUUUUGCAGGUCUCUACAAAUGACCAAUGGUGCCUGGUGACAAAAAUUAUUUAAACAGUACAGAAUGCAACUAGCUAUGGUUGGUGAUAGCCACAUUUUUCGCGCAUUCAUUGACUAGCAAAGUAGACUUGAAACAAUAAACAUGUUCUUCACGUCGAUGGAUUAGACUACAGUGCUGUUGGCGGCCCUGAGCUAGUUGUGAACAGGAAGAGAUUACCCAGUCAUGUGUGACCCUCGAAAGUGUGUAUCAUUGUCAUCGACCAAUCAGCGUUCUUAAAAGGCUUGAUUAUUAUAAAAGCAAUUUGAGUCCACCCUGACGUAGGAAUGGAACGAAUUAUCGGCCGUAACUGCGGUCACGCAGCAGUCAGAGCCGCAAGGUUGGGCAAGAACCCGUAACCCUGAGAAGGGCCUUUCUGUAGAAACACUACACGCCAAACAUGUUCUGUACUUUCACAAAAAGAUUCCUUUGGAAACCAGUUGCCCAGAAUAGUUUGUAAUGCUACAAAAAAAUUAUUGGAACUUAGUACAACACAUGGCAAUUUUUAUUUUUUGGAUGUAUGAAAUGAGUUUUUCGAGAUAAUACUUGAGUAUUUCUUACGAAAAUUUACGCAUGUUUUGAUUAUUGAUGUUCUUUUGGGGCAUAUAUAUUUUUAAACCAUAGAAAAGAUAAUCAAUUAUUUAACUUUAUUUUGUUGUAUCAUACUUUAUUAUGUGCGCAGUUAUUACCGAAAAUCUCUUCAGGGAACGAUUUACAAAUAACUUAUAAUUAUUGGAGGCACUAAGGCAGCACAAAGCAUAAAUUUCCGUGUAAUAAUGCGAACACUAUUUUGUAGUGAUACAGUUUUCAUUUAAUUGUACAAAUUUACAAAUAUCUGUACUUUUAUCGGGGUUCAUCUCCAUCCCUGAAUAUUCAACUUUUCAAAUAUCGUACUUUAAAAAAAUCCAAAAGAGUAUAUAAACCCGUUAAUGGCCAAAACUUAAAAUGUGUAAAAAAAUCCAAAAGAUUAUAUAAACCCGUUAAUGGCCUAAACUUGAAACGUGACCUGCUGCGCAUAACGCAAGUAGGGCCAAUUUUUUUUCCGCUAUAAGAUUUGCCACCUAAGUGUUAGAACUUUGUAGCAUUGACUGUGUUUUGAGGAUGGCUGAGUUUACUUCAGGCUCAUGUCUACUACUGGCAAUUCAAUCAUAAGUAUCAUCCAUUGUAGACAUACCGUUGUGCAGUCUAGUAUGCGUUCAAGAGUUUUUCACGUAAACUACCGGCCCUUAUCAUUGGUCGGUGAAAAAAAUUCACAUAUUUAGAGGGUUUUAAGUGAUUUCUUAACAACCUCUUCCUUUUUAAACUAUUUCAGGGUUGUGAAGAGCACUGUAGUCCAAUCAUCGACAUAAAGAACAUGUAUAUUGUUUCCAGUCUACUUAGGUACCCAAUGAAUCCGAGAAAUGGACGUAGCUAUAAUUAUAAUUUAAAUGUUCCUAAAUUUUUCGUGACACCUUCAAACAAACUGCGAACCAAUAGCAAAAGCAGCUAAGUAAACUAAACCAAUGUUCGAAUUUUUUCCGUGUCUAUAAAUAAGACAAGAGUCCUACAAAAUUCGAGUUCUGUCUCCAGGGUGAACUCUAAUUCCCUAUACAUAAUCGGGACGAUGUGCUUUGUUUUUUGGCUGCUGAGGCCGCAUUUCACCCUUCGUCGUAAUUGCUCGCGAUUGGUCAAAAACAUUGUCAUUGUCAACCUACGAAUCAUUGAUAGAACCAAUAUCUUUAAAAAAAAAAAAUUGUCUAGUCUGUUGCCGAAUGAUCAUAUUUAGAGACCAAAAAAAUCGCAGAUUCAUUUAGCGAUAGGUUAAAUUUCAAAUACUUAUAGCUUCAAUCUGCUUUUGCUAUUUGUUCUCUGUUGAUCCGGACGAAUCUGGGCCAAUGAGAAACCCUUAACCACAGAAGUCCCGAAUUACAGGCAAACCAGUUGAGACGAUUUAUAAGUCAGCAGCCAAUUAACUGGCAUUAUUUGCGCCAGUAUACAGAGGACCGUGUUGUCUAUCAUGGAGAUCAUCGAAACGGUGAUAUUUUUUCCGCACAGAAAAAAAAUCUGUUCUUUUAAUAAAGACUCAUUUGGAAACCAGUUGCCAAGAAAUAGUAAUAAAGAUAUUCUAACUUUUUACAACACAUGGCUAUGAUUAUUUUACAUUAUAUGAAUAAGUUUUUCGAGAUAAUACGGAGUAUUGCGAAAAAUACCGAAUAAUUUUGUAUAUUA